AUGUCAUCUUCAACACCAAUUAAUUUAUUAUCGGAAGUAAAUACAACACCAACAAGUAAUGUUGGUACACCUUUAACUUCAACACCAAUUAAUGAUCAAUCAAAUAUUGAUGUAAAUAAUCCAACACAACAACAACAACAUUCACAAUUAGCAGAUGUUAAUUAUUGGGACAAGAUACAAAAAAUUCUUAAAAAGAUGGAAAAUGAAGUACAACAAGUUAAUGAUAAUGGAUUAGUUCAUCCAUUACAUAUGAGUGAUAAUAUUUUGGAAAGAAGAGAAUCUCUUAAACAUGCAAUUUCAAUUAUAAAACAAAGAGUUGAAGAACAAUUAACUAUAAAACCAAGAGCAUUUCUUGAAAAAACUCAACAACAAUCAAAAUCAGUUAAAGAAUUUAAUAGAAUUCAAUUACAAGAAAGAGAACUUUUGGAUGCCAUUCAAAAAUGUACAGAAAAAGUAUUAACACAAUAUCAACAUCAACAAAUAAUUGAAAGAAUUUUAAAUUCUGUUGCUAAAGAAAUGAAUGAAUUUAUUGGAAAGGAAGAUUAUGCUGCCUUACCAAUAACAGAUUUAAUUAGUUCUUCAGAUCUUGUUACUGGUUAUUCAAUGGGUUGUGAUAUUUUAAAUUUGGAUGUUGAAUUUACUGAAACAAAAGAAUUAAAAUCAAUUAAAUUUCAAAAAACAAAACAAGGAAAUAAUCCAGAAUCACAACACAAAGAAAUUAAACCAAUUUCAGAAGAUUUAAUGAGUACUCUAGUUAAAGAUAGGAAUCCUGAAUUAUUUGAAAAGAAAUUAUUAGAUGUUUGUAAAUUAUAUCAUCUCGUAGCAAGUAGACCUAAUUGUAUUGUUACAGAUAAAGCAAGUUUAAGAUCUACACAAAUUAAUGAUACAAGUUCAUUCUUAAAAAGUACAAGUGUAAUGAGAGAAUUUGAACAUUAUAUUACAAGAGAAGGAAAUUUUCCAUCUGACAAGGUUUCAAUAAUAUGUGAAGGUGUUUCUAUUAAUUAUUUUAGAGAUAGAAAAGUUAUUGUAACACUUGAAGGAUGUGCUGGAAAUGCAUUACAACAAACAUGUCCUGUUAUGGUAUUUACUGAACAAACUUUAAUACCUCUUUAUACAGCUAAAAAUUUGAAUUUCCUUCAAUCCAUUAUUUCAUCACUUAAAAAAUCAAGUUUAGAAAAACAACAAGAACCUGAAAAUAUUUUACCACCUGACUUUACUAGGGAUAUGAGUGUAAAUGAGCAGUAUAAUAGAGAUAUUAGAGUAUUGGAAACUUUUCAAAAUUGUUUAUUAUCAGGUUAUUCAACAAGUUCAACAAAGAAAGUACAAUCAAGUGUAUAUAACUUUGUUUCAACUACUUCAAAUAUUUCUGAAAAAUUGGCAACAAAUUCUGGUGUUUUUAUUAGAAGAGUUCCAUUCUUGAAUUUUGAUCAAAUGAGAUUUACUUUAGCUGUCAUGAAAAAGCACAUGUUACUUAAUGAUAUUCUUCUUUCAUGUUUUAGCCAAGUUCAAGAUUCUUCUAAGGGUCUUCUUGAUAAUAUUUGUACACAUAAUACAUCAGGAACAUCAAGACAUCAUACAGACAAUAGUAAUCAAAGAAGAGUUGAAGUAGAGUACUCAACUCCAAGCGAUAUUAUUUAUAUCAAGACAACUACAGAUAAUGACUUUGUUGAAAUAAGAGUUGAAUAUGAUCAAGAAAAAGAACAACCACAAGUUUAUGUUAAUCAAAAUUUAAAUACUGCCAUGUCUGAACUUUUGAACAAGACUUAUAACAUCCCAAUAAUGGUACAUUACUUUUUCACAAAAGUAUCUAUGCAAUUAAAUUAA